UUUAACGUAAAUUUUUAAGUAUCCCUUUGUCGCAGUUUUCAACAACCAAAACAUAUAAACUUGUCCGGUAAAGAUUGACCGUGGGCAUUGAGCCAGCUUAUGUUCCUCGCAGUCAUUAUAGGGUUCGUCAUUCUGACAACAUCCCUAAAUGUGUGAACUAUUUCACUCUAUUAACGAAGACUGGUUAUAUGUGGACCAACAACAUCAUUCAUAUUUCCCCACCAAAAUUAUACCCACCUCACACACCGCGAUACUUUUUCAUGUAGGUUCAUUGAGUCAUUUCAAAAAUCGAAGACAAAAAACAAGGAAGUUAGCUGUCAAAAUUUACAAAGCGUGACGUUUCACCCAUUUGUGCAUUUCUUAAAAUUGUUGGCCAAUUUUCUGGUGGCGAAUCAGUAAGAAUUUAGGGUACUUAUAUCGUAUGGAUGCUUGAAUUGUCGUGAAAGAUGUCAGAUCAAGAGAAGAAGUCCGGCGGUUCGACAACCGGCGGUUCGCCUGUGGUGAUGGUGGAACAGUCGACGGCGAGCAGACACAAGCAGCCGUACCGCCCCAACGACCUGCAGGAUGAAGCGCCGCCCGACCACCACAAGCGCUCGCGCGCGCCCGCUGUCCCCACAGCUCUAACUGAAGAGUUUAAGGAUACAUUCGAGAACCCUACUGUCAAUGGAAAGGAACCCGAAUGCGCGGUGCCUUCCGAAAAGCACAAGCAUAACGUCGCGAAGAAACUGUCUUCAACCAAGAAACGAGAUACUUCACCGGACCCGAUCAAAUCGUCUCCGAUAGAACUGGAGCUGCAGAAAACUGAGACCAUAGCAGCUACUGUUGCGGCACCCGCACCCGCACUGCCGAUACCAGCGGUAGUGCCUUCAGCAGCCAUCGAUAUAGAGAAGGGACAUGCUGAAAGAAAGAGCGACGAGGAUAGCAUAACGGAAGAAAUAGCUGAGUUGCGGACCUCCGAGUCUCAUAAAAAAUCCGGUGAAUGGGGCAAAGAAAAGGGCUCAGAUACUGAAGUAAGGGAGACCGACGAAGCCGUUCCACUUCAAAGAAAAUUUGCGAAUGACAUUGUUGAAACAAAUUUUAAAAUCGAACAAAAAGAUGAUGAACCAGACCCAGAGCCAGAGAACACGGUGCCUCUACAACGUAAACUAGGCAGUGAGAUAAUAAAUGAUGGUAGCACGAGUUCUCAUCUGUUAAAGAAAAAAGAAAUCUCUUGGAGUGAUGCCACCUACUUGGAUAAAGUACCGUUGGAGGAUUUGUCCGCACGAAGCGCCGCGUGGAUGUUGGAGAGGAAAACAUCUGUUGGACCCUGUUACAGAAAAACUAUGCCUUACGGAGAACCUUCGGGAAUCACCAUUUGCUUGCCGAAGAAAUCUUUCAAAAGCCUCAAUGAAAUUGUCAACCCAAGGAAGUCUGGAAUUAGCAUCACUGUGUCAAAGAGAUGUAUCGAUAGCGCAAUGGGGCCACCAGUUGAUGAACUGAAGAAAAAUGCUCGUGGAAAGACGCUUCUGAAGGAGAAAAAAGUUGAAUUAAAAAUUGCAGACCCUCACUAUGUAAACUUCUUUGAAAAUAUUAAAGGAAAAGUUGACAACUUCUGUGGCAAAGUGAAACAUGUUAUGCACUUGUAAAGCAUCAAUGUUAUUUACCCCCACAAUGCAUGCAUUUUGAUAAUUUUACCCAGUUUCGCUAUUUCAUUUU